AUGCAAGGUAGGAGAGUAGCAAGAGAACUAAUCUUUGAUCCUGAAAUAGAGAAAACAGCUAAAGCAAACAGAAAAGCAGUUCGGUUAGCCCGAGAGGCUGCCCGGUUAGCAGGUGUUGCACAAGAAAGUAGUGAAGAAGCGGUUUCUAGUCCAAACACAUCGGACAACGAAGCCAACAUCAUGGCUGAAAAUCCACCACCACCUCCACCAGUUGUGCCUGAGAGGAUGUUAGGUGACUAUGGGCAAAGAAACAAUGGAGAGCUUGCCAAUCUGGGUUUUCAACCGAGAAAUCAUGUGUCAUUUGAUAUCAAGAAUUCAGUGCUCAGCGCCCUCAAAGAGAAUCAAUACUCAGGGGCAGAAACACAAUGUCCAAAUCUCCACCUGGAGCAUUUCUAUGAAGCUUGUGACUAUACAGACCCACCAGGAGUAUCUGAAUCAGAUAAAAGAUUAAGGCUUUUCAAGUACUCGUUAACUGGAAGAGCUAAAGACUGGCUGGACACAAUACCACCUAACACCAUCAAUACUUGGCAAGAGCUAGAGAUGAAGUUCAUGGAUAGGUACUUUCCAAUUCACAAGUAUCUUGAAAGAAGAGCUGACAUUACAAGUUUUGAGCAAGGAGACUCCGAAACAUUGUAUGAUGCCUGGGAAAGAUUCAAACUGAGCCUGAAGAAGUGUCCUAAGCAUGGGCUCGAUAGUCAUACUCAAAUGCAGCAUUUCACACAAGGAUUGAGAGCUCAAACUAGAAUGUUUCUAGAUGCAUCGGCAGGUGGAUCUUUGAAAAAUAAAAAUCAAACUCAAGCUAGAGAGUUGGUGGAAUCCAUGGCUCAAAAUGAGUACAGAGUUGAAAAUGAUCGUGGUGCAAAGAAGAAAGCAGGCAUGAUAGAGCUUGAUACUCAAACUGCUCUUUUGGCCCAAUCUACAUUGAUGAAUUCUCAAAUGGCAGCUGUGUUGAAACACCUCACUAGCACUCCUAAUGCCCAAAUGCCAGUCAUGGCAGCUAAUGAGGUGAAAUGUGAUUUUUGUGGACAAGGGCAUGCUAAUGGCCAAUGUUUUCCUGAAGGGUCAGAAGAGGCAAAGUACCUCGCCAACUUCAAAAGGAACAACCCAAAGUAUGAUCCAUAUUCAAACGCUUAUAACCCAGGUUGGAGAGAUCAUCCAAACUUUGGUUGGGGAGGAAAUCAAAACUCAAAUCAAUCUCAACAACAAUCUUCUUCACAAAACUCUCAACAAAGGAGACCUUCUCAAUUAGAGGAUACACUUACUCAAUUCAUAAAGGUUACUCAAGGGAACUUUGAAGCUAUGAAGGUCAGCCAAGAUCAAAUGAAAGCCAACCAAGAUGUUGCCAACAAGAAUCAUGAAGCUUCAAUUAAGAACUUGGAAACUCAAGUUGGGCAAUUGUCAAGGCAAUUCGCGGCUACUCAAAAUAAUGGUUUUGAAGGUUCUACAAAGGAUAAUCCGAGGAAUGAAAGUUGCAAGGCGAUUAAUUUGAGAAAUAGAGUGGUUCCUUCACCUGAGAUUGUAACGAAGAAAAAGAAGAAAAUGAUUGAGAGUGAGAAAGAGGAGUUAGUUGAAGAGGAGAAAGAUAAAAAAAUUGAAAAAAAGAAUGAUGAGAAGAUAGUUGAAAAGAGAGGCAAGGGUGUAGAGGAGAAAGAAAAUUCUGUCCAUGCUAAAUUGCCAUAUCCGCGCAAGAAGAAGGCAAAGGCUAAUGAUCACCAACAAUUCAAAAAGUUUAUGAAGAUGCUUCAUGAUCUCCAAAUUAACAUUCCUUUUGCUGAAGUGUUGGAACAGAUGCCUGUCUAUGCCAAAUUCAUGACGGAACUUAUGACAAAGAAGCGGAAACCUCUUGACGAUGAUACAGUGGAGAUGACAGAGGAAUGUAGUGCCAUAAUCCAAAAGAAACUUCCUCAAAAGAAGAAGGAUCCUGGAAGCUUUACCAUACCAUGUUCAAUAGGUAACAUCUCCGUUGGUCGAGCUCUAUGUGAUUUAGGAGCUAGCAUCAACCUAAUGCCAUUGUCAAUGAUGAAGAAGAUACCCGGAGCUGUUGCAAAACCCACAAAGAUGCAGCUCUCUUUAGCUGAUCGUUCUAUUGUACAUCCUUACGGCGUGUGUACUUGA